AUGAAAAACUUUGCAUAAUUUUCAAUCAUUAAGCAAUAAAAAUAAACCUUAGCUAUAGCACUCUUCACCUUUAUUACACUUACUGAAUUGAGCUAAGAACAAUGCAUCAAAGCUAAUUGCAUUUCAAAGGUUCAAACUACUUCAUCUUUAUGCUUGAGACAAACAGAUGGAACAGCAAUAACAGGGGGUAAUGUCCAAUUUGUAGGUGAUUAAUGUGAUUCGACGAACAGAUACUACUGCGAUCCAUCUAUCGAUUAAAAUACUUAGAAAUACACUGGCUAAUGCACUAAAAACAAUUCACAAUUCGAAUACCUUCCAACAUAUAUUCAAUUUCCAGGUGAAUUAUGUGAUGAGAGAAGAGCAUUAUUCGAAUGCGGAUUUGGAUAUCGUAAAUGCAUGGCGAAGAGAUGCUAUGGCUAUCUUCAAGGGGAGAACUGUAUCAAUUCUGCUGAUUGUAAUCCUCACUUGUAUUGUGAUUAGAGCAGUAAGACCUGCAAGUAUGCUUUAUAAUCUGAGGGAUUGUGCACUUCAAGUGACUAAUGCGAUAUGGGUUAAGUUUGCAAAUUUGAUAGUAACUUAGCUGCUUAAGGAAGAUGCAAGAAAUAUUUCUCACUUGCAACUGGAACUCCUGUGUAUGCUAAGGUGCCACAUGAUCUUUUUGUUUGCCAAGAGGGCUUUGGAGCUCUUGAUAGUAAUUAGAAAUAUUUUUAGCUAAAUCUAUAAUUAGUUCCUGUCCUUGGAGUAAUAGAUGUGAGAACAUUCUAACCUGGUCUUUACAGAUGUGGAAAGGAAAUCAACAGUAUUAAUGCUGGAAAGAACUGCACUACAUAUAGUGACUGUCCCUCAAAUGUCUAGGGUGUAUUUGCUUAAUGUGGUUGCACUUACUCUGGGACCAACAAAAAAUGUGAUAUUCUUCACUCGAAUUUCGAAUAUUAACAAUUCUUGGAUGCUGUAAUUUGCUUUGUUUUAAAUCUGAUGUGUAAAAAGAUGAAGGCAUUCUACUAUUUGCCAAAUUACGACGCAGACUAGUGCCUCUUAACACACUCAAACUAGUACCUUUUCUCAGAGAUAGAUGAAACCUAACUUUGGUGUGAUCCAGACAGGUAUAGUGUUUUACUUGGAUUAGAUACUGCAAUGGGAAGAGUGAUUUUAAAUUUAGCAGUAAUGAUUGGAGCUAUGUCAGUAUAUUCACUCUUAUGA